GUUCUCAAGGCGCGUGCGCGCCGCGUAGGGUGGAAACGGGGGCUCUAGGGUGUGAAUUUUCUGGCGCGGCCGGAAGUGUCCGGAGAGACCUGAGCGCAGCGUCCGAUUUCUCUCCCGCACCCCCCGCCCCUCACCCACUGCGGGCACUAUGGAACCGGGAGCUUGAAGGAGGAGCUGCUUGCCUUUGCCCCAGACAUGCUAGCCGGCCCCCUUGGUGCAGGUACAGUCUACUCUGCAGUAUAGAGGCAUUAUGUACUCAGAGUGGAGGUCCCUACAUCUUGUACUGCAAAAUGAUAAGGGUCACACCAGUGUACUUCACAGCUAUCCUGACAAUGUGGGGAGAGAAGUGGCAAAUGCUGUUGUGCGUCCCCUUGGCCAAGUCUUAAAUGCUCCAUCGGCAGCUGGCAGUGAGAGUUUACUGAAAACAGACAAAGAAGUAAAAUGGACCAUGGAGGUAGUUUGUUACGGACUGACCCUCCCUUUAGACGGUGAUACUGUAAAGCACUGUGUUGACGUGUACACAGACUGGAUAAUGGCUCUGGUCUUUCCUAAGGACUCAAUUCCUCUACCUGUUAUUAAAGAACCAAACCUUUAUAUUCAGAGCAUUCUCAAACAUCUACAAAAUCUAUUUGUACCAAGGCAGGAUCAGGGUACCAGUCAGAUUAAACUAUGUCUGCAAGUUUUGAAAGCUGUCCAGAAAUUGGCUCGUGAGUCAAGCACUAUGUCUAGAGAAACAUGGGAGGUUUUAUUAUUGUUUCUACUACAAAUUAAUGAUAUUCUGCUGGCAGCUCCAACAGUGCAAGGCGGUAUUGCUGAGAAUUUGGCAGAGAAGCUGAUUGGUGUGCUAUUUGAAGUCUGGUUACUAGCCUGUUCCCGGUGCUUCCCCACACCGCCUUAUUGGAAAACUGCCAAAGAGAUGGUAGCAAACUGGAGGCAUCAUUCUGCCGUGGUGGAGCAAUGGAGCAAAGUAAUCUGCGCCCUUACAGCCAGAUUGCUACGUUUUACAUACGGGCCGUCGUUCCCACCUUUUAAAAUCCCUGAUGAAGAUGCCAGUCUGAUUCCUCCUGAAAUGGAUAAUGAGUGUGUUGCCCAGACUUGGUUUCGCUUUUUACAUAUGCUGAGUAAUCCUGUGGAUUUGAGUAAUCCAGCAAUUAUAAGCUCAACCCCCAAAUUUCAGGAACAGUUCCUGAAUGUGAGUGGAAUGGCUCAGGAAUUGAAUCAGUAUCCCUGCCUUAAACAUCUGCCUCAAAUAUUCUUUCGUGCUAUGCGUGGGAUCAGUUGCUUAGUGGAUGCAUUUUUAGGAGUUGCUGUCUUUACAACCAGUGGGUGUGAAAGAUUACCCAGAUAUGGUAUUUCAAGGCCUCGGGCAGAUAGUGCUCCGCCCACACCAGUAAAUAGAUUGAGCAUGCCCCAGUCUACAGCUGUCAACACAACUCCACCUCACAACCGAAGGCAUCGAGCUGUAACUGUAAAUAAGCCAAUGCUGAAAAACAGCACAGCUAACACCGCUCAUGCUUCCAAAGUACAACACCAGCCAUCUUCCACUUCUCCACUAUCUAGCCCCAACCAGACUAGUUCUGAGCCUCGACCGCUUCCUGCUCCCCACAGGCCAAAAGUCAACAGUAUAUUGAACCUCUUUGGAUCAUGGCUAUUUGAUGCAGCCUUUGUUCACUGUAAACUUCAUAAUGGAAUUAACAGAGACAGCAGUAUGACUGCAUCUUUUAUCCAAAUUCUUCUUUCUUAUAAAUCUUCUAUAGCAACACAAGCUAGUGUGGAGUUUCGCCGGAAAGGAUCACAAAUGUCUGCAGACGCUAUGACAUCCAAUCCCAUGUUUGAUGCAGGCGAGUUUUCAGACAACUAUGAAUCGGGCAGAGCAGAGGCAUGUGGAACACUUUGUAGGAUAUUUUGUAGCAAAAAGACUGGGGAGGAUAUACUGCCAGCCUACUUAUCCCGAUUUUACAUGCUUUUAAUUCAGGGUUUGCAGAUAGCGGAUUCCGUUUGCCAUCCGGUGCUGGCUAGCGUUAUUCUAAACUCUCCUGCGUUAUUCUGCUGUGACCUGAAAGGGAUUGAUGUCUUAGUUCCAUACUUUAUUUCAGCCAUGGAAACUAUAUUACCUGAUAGGGAACUGUCAAAAUUUAAAACAUUCGUGAAUCCUACAGAAUUAAGAAGAGCCUCUAUCAAUAUCUUACUCUCCUUGUUGCCACUUCCCCAUCAUUUUGGAACCAUAAAAUCAGAGGUUGUUCUGGAAGGAAAAUUCAGCAACGAUGAGAGCUCAUCCUAUGAUAAACCAGUAACUUUCCUUUCCUUGAAACUGAGGCUUGUGAAUAUACUAAUAGGAGCACUGCAGACAGAAACGGAUCCCAACAACACACAGAUGAUACUAGGUGCAAUGCUGAACAUCGUGCAAGAUUCUGCACUCCUAGAAGCCAUCGGCUGCCAGAUGGAGACGAAUGGCGGCGAGAAUACUGUCUUGAAGAGCCACAGUCGCACUAACAGCGGCAUUAGCACAGCAAGUGGAGGAAGCACAGAGCCCACUACUCCUGACAGUGAGAGACCAGCGCAGGCUCUGUUAAGGGAUUAUGCUCUUCAUACAGAUACAGCUGCCGGACUCCUGAUUCGCAGCAUUCACCUGGUAACACAAAGACUCAACGCACAGUGGCGGCAGGAAAUGAGCAUCUCAUUAGCUGCACUAGAGCUUCUUUCUGGUUUGGCAAAGGUGAAGGUUGGUGUUGAUUCUUCUGACAGGAAGAGAGCAAUUAGCUCUGUGUGCUGUUACAUUGUGUACCAGUGCAGUCGUCCAGCUCCUCUCCACUCCAGAGAUCUGCACUCCAUGAUCGUAGCAGCAUUUCAGUGUCUGUGUGUCUGGCUCACGGAACAUCCAGACAUGCUUGAUGAAAAGGACUGUUUAAAAGAAGUAUUGGAGAUUGUGGAACUGGGCAUUUCAGGAAGUAAGUCCAGGAACAGUGAACAAGAAUUCAAGAACAAAGGAGAUAAGGAGCCCAAUCCUGCUUCCAUGAGGGUGAAGGAUGCAGCUGAAGCCACUCUCACAUGCAUCAUGCAAAUACUUGGAGCAUUUCCUUCACCCAGUGGCCCUGCCUCACCUUGCAGCUUGGUGAAUGAAAUCACAUUAAUUAAAUGCUCCCGUCUUCCUUCCAUAAACAAAUUCAGCUUCCGCUACUUCGUCUUGGACAACAGCGUCAUCCUUGCAAUGUUGGAGCAGCCUCUAGGGAAUGAGCAAAAUGACUUUUUCCCUUCAGUCACAAUUUUGAUCCGUGGGAUGUCCGGAAGACACGCCUGGGCCCAACAACUUUGCCUCUUGCCUAGAGGAGCCAAGGCAAAUCAAAAGAUGUUUGUCCCAGAGCCUCGUCCUGCACCUAAGAAUGAUGUUGGACUCAAAUACAGCGUGAAACACCGGCCAUUUCCUGAGGAAGUGGACAAGAUUCCCUUCGUGAAAGCAGACCUGAGCAUUCCAGACUUGCAUGAAAUAGUUACAGAGGAACUGGAGGAGCGGCAUGAGAAGCUGAGAAACGGUAUGGAUCAGCAAGUUCUUUAUGAGAAGUCUAUAGAUCAGCAGAUGGAGGAAGACUGGAGAAAGAAGAAUUUCCCUGACCCAGUCACAGAGUGUAAGCCGCCGCCUCCUGCACAGGAGUUCCAAACAGCACGCCUUUUCCUCUCUCACUUUGGAUUUCUGUCACUAGAAGCACUGAAGGAACCUGCUAACAGCAGACUACCUCCUCACCUGAUUGCACUUGAUUCUACUAUACCCGGGUUUUUUGAUGACAUUGGCUACCUGGAUUUACUACCAUGUCGUCCUUUUGAUACAGUUUUCAUUUUCUAUAUGAAGGCAGGUCAGAAAACAAGCCAAGAAAUUUUGAAGAAUGUAGAGUCUUCCAGAAAUGUCCAGCCACACUUCCUAGAGUUCUUGCUCUCCCUUGGCUGGUCAGUUGAUGUAGGGAAACACCCUGGAUGGACGGGGCAUGUCUCAACUAGCUGGUCCAUUAACAGUUUCUGUGAUGAGGAGGGAUCUGAGCAAGAUGAAAUAAUUCCUUCAGAAGACAUUGGGGCAAGUAUCUUCAAUGGGCAAAAGAAAGCACUAUAUUAUGCAGAUGCUCUUACAGAAAUAGCUUUUGUGGUUCCCUCACCUGUGGAGUCCUUAACUGAUUCCUUGGAAAGCAAUGCUUCAGACCAGGAAAGUGACUCCAAUAUGGACCUUCUGCCUGGAAUACUAAAGCAGCCUGCACUGACACUUGAGCUCUUCCCCAAUCAUACAGACAAUCUCAGUUCUUCGCAGAGGCUCAGUCCAACUUCCAGAUGCAAGAGGUUACCGCAUGGUCGGGCUGUUCCACCAAUGGGACCUGAAACCAAGGUGUAUGUGGUCUGGGUUGAACGUUAUGAUGAUAUAGAGAACUUCCCUCUCUCCGACUUGGUUUCAGAGACCAGCACUGGAGUAGAAACUACAACAAACAGCAGCACUUCGUUAAGGUCCGCCACUCCUGAAAAAGAGGUUCCAGUGAUUUUCAUCCACCCCCUAAAUACUGGAUUGUUCAGGGUUAAAGUGCAAGGAGCUACUGGGAAAUUCAACAUGGUCAUCCCACUGGUGGAUGGAAUGAUAGUAAGCAGGAGAGCAUUAGGCUUCUUAGUGAGACAGACAGUAAUAAAUAUUUGUCGAAGAAAACGGCUGGAAAGUGACUCGUACAAUCCUCCACAUGUCCGUCGAAAACAGAAAAUAGCUGACAUUGUCAAUAAAUACAGGAACAAACAGCUGGAGCCAGAGUUUUAUACCUCUCUUUUCCAGGAGGCUGGGCUCAAAAACUGCAAUCCUUAGACCAAUAUCCUCCCUGAACAAUUAGAUCAGAGCUUGGUGUCUACGGUAAUGGGGGGGGGGACCCUUCCCCACCCUGCAAGUCCUGUAUAAAGAAACCACAACCUGAGCAUGACUUCUGCUUCUGCUGCAAGGAAGAAAUGAGGACACAAUAUAGGCACUUUCCCUGAAAACCAGCUUCACUCCAUCAGCUGCUGCAGAGGGACAAACUUUCACCAUCAGUCACUAUUUAGUAAUAUAUAGUGGAUGUGUAGUAGAGAGAGGGGGGUUAACUGCACUUCUCAUAGCUUUCUCUGUUGACAUAAAAUGCCAGAUUCUGAACUAGCACCUGAAGUUUGAUACUUGGAUUCAUAGCAGGUUGGGUUCAGGUGCAUUUUUUUCCAGACAGAGACCAUGAAAUUGCAAUAAAUUAUUGUGCUAUAUCUUGUUUGGUUUGCUUUCCCACCUGCAAGCAGGCCUAUUUAUUUAUUUUUAGCUCCACUCAGAGGCUCUAUUUCUGAUUCUCCUCCUCUAGAUCCAAGAUGCAUGUACCCAUGGGUCCGUUGCUCAAAGUUUCUUUACCUUUGUAGGUUGCAAGCACCCUCUACCUACUGCUGGCCAGUCCAGGAUAAAAGCUCUGGGGUAUUGGUGAGGGAUGGGGAAGCAAAGAAGGCUGGCUCUUUGAGCUAAGGAUGGUCCAUUUAAGUCAGCUUUGAGACAAAGAAAAGCCUGUAUAGUGGUUCAUCCCAAUUGUAUUUAUGACCAGUACAUAAUUUCACCUGUAUCUUAUGAAUGCUAAAAAUGUGAUUUCUCAUCUGACCAGUCCACCCUUAUAGAAAGAAGUGAAAUCCUUGUCCUGGAAAAGGUGCAAUCAGAAUGUAUGUCCAUCUCUGCAUGUAAGAACUAGUUACAACCACCCUAUUGUGAAAUCUGAUUUCUGAAUUGCAAAUGUUCUUUACAGAAAGGGAUAGAUGCUUCUUUUCAUGUCCCACAGUUCGUUCAUUCAUUUUACUGAAAGAGGUGGGUUUCUUUUUUUAAAAAGGAAUUAUUCAAACCUUGGCACACCAUAGCUGUCCAAUGUCAUUGGAAGUGAAGACCCAUGCAAGUUAAAUGUAAGGUCAUUAAAAAGUGUACUAGAAAUUAUCUGAUAAUUGUUACAAGUGUUUGAAAUUAAAUGGUUUCAUCCUUGCUUUGCACUGAUAUCAGUCUGGAACCAUAUAUUACAUGCAUGGCUUCUGCCCAAAACAACCGGCAACGUUGUUCCCACCCUUAACAUCUAGUAAUACAAAGUCAUGCGGCUUCAAAUUUUCCUGGUGUUCCUCCACUUCAUUGGCUAAUGUGUGUUGUAUUACUGGAUGUUACUGGAGAGGAAAGAAAUAGCUACCCUGUGCAGAUUUAAAAAAUAAAUUAUUAGAUCACUUGGUUUUCUUCUGCUUGAUACUUGGAUGCAAGGCAGGGUACCAUUUUCUUAAUAAAACCUUUAUUGAAGCUGAUAAAACCUUUUAAAAAAUUACCUGCACAUUUUAUAAAUGGAGGCCGUGUUUUCCAAAAGGGAAUCCAGAAAAUAAUGCUUUGUGCAAGAACUUUCUGGAUAGCUAUUAAAAAAAAGUCAAAUUGCAUUUUCAGAAAUAAAUAAGAGAUACAAACCUAGUCCACAUUUAUUUGGAAACAAGUCCUACUGAUUUGAACAUAUUUGAUUCCUAGUAGGCAUAUAGUAUGAUAUUUAAGCAAGAAUUAAGUUCCUAAGUUCCCAACACGGUUUACGUUUGAGGUUUUUUGAUGGUUCUCUUCUCUUUUUUUACCAUCAGCCUUGCAGAUUAGCAUGCUUUGCUUUACUAUUGCCUAGGAAGUUGCUGGAACGCGUUCAAGGAUAAAAUGUGAAGAAUAACUAUUUAGAAGCAAACACUCCCAAGAUCAAGAUGAUUCACUUCAUAGCAGCCCCUUAGUAUUUAAGAUUCAUCAUUGGGGAACCAGUAUAAUAUCCUUACAAGUCUUAACCUAGUACUGAAACAAGGCUGAGAAAUUCUAGAGCAAAAUUAACUCUUGAUUCUUCAGAAGCAUAUAUAAUAAUAAUAAUGCAAGUGGCUUACAAUUGACAAUACCAUUUUUGUUUUGCUUUAAUUUGUUCAUUUUUGCUUAUGGAACACAUGGCCAGUAGUCUUCUGAAGCAAGUGAACUACUCUCCCAGUGUUAGUGAAACACAAGUUGGUGGGCCUUUUCAGUGUCUAAAAUUAAUAUGGUCUGUUCAGUUUCUGUGCCCAGGUGGGCCCACAGCAUAGAAUGUAAAUGCCAGCCCUUUUGCUUUUAAAUACAGCAUUGGAAUAUCCUUUGAAAAACAGUUGACUUCCACUUGUCUAUUUAUUUAUUUUUUAAAUACCCAGUGUUCCCAGUAUGCAUAGCAUGGAACUUUGAAAACUUUUACCUGUAACUGAUGUGUUAGCCAUAAAAGACAUAGACAGCUUUCGUUUAGUUAAAACGUUUACCUUUCUCAAUGUUGCUAUGCAAUCUGAUACUUGAGGGCAGGAAGCAAACUGUCCAUUAAUAGAACGUGCAAAAGUAAGUUAUAUUUUGACUCUUUGAGAUCCUGAAGAAAAGCUCUUUUGAAACUGGCCUACAGCAGCAGUAUUCCCCUAUAUCUUUUGAUGUAGUUGAAUUAUGACAAAGAAAGCAGAGUGGCAAGGUCUGGAGCAAUUGGCGAAGGGCUUAGCAAAAAGAAACUUGGUCGCUUUUGAUGGAUUUCCAGUGAGGCUAUGUGUGUUAAAGCUAAUCUUUGAGGCAGUACUUGCUUCAUAACGGUUAUAGCAAAAAUAUUUUAUUACACAGCACUCCUCUGAGAGGUGUACUUUUUGUUCAUAAAAGCUGCCAGGGUGGUCAUUUAAAAACCCUAAAGAGCUUCCUGGUUUCUUAGGGAAGAUUAAACAAUGGAACCUGCUGCUUACAUUGAAUUAGCAUGCUAGCAUCUUGUCAGCUUGUGGUGUGGGUCCACAUAUGAAAAAUAAGGGCGCAUCAUAAAAUCACUCUCAAAGUCUGGCAUGUUUAGCUGUCCUGCUUAAUUGAUGCACAGAUUGGAACAGCAAAUAGCACUGCUAGUGGGGAUGCAGGUUGUUCUGAUACUUGCAUAGCAGUUACUUAGUACUGAACAUUUGCCAGUAUUAACCUAGUGCACUAACACUAAACUUAAUUGAACCCUCUUAGAUACUGUUCUGAUCUAGAUGAUGAUCUGUCACAUUUAGUCCAUGGAUUAAAUGGCACAACCAAUGCAUGCGUACCACAAGAGCCGUGUAAUAAAAGGUUGAGCAGUUGGGCGACUGCAUAUAGAAAUCAGUGGUUUGAACCAUGUACGUACUUUGGGUGAAGCCAUUAGUUUGUUUUAACUAAUGACCUGCCCAAACCAUCCUUUUGAGUUACACAGACAGGACAGAAAUGUAUUAAAUCUACAACAGCUUUUGAACUGGGUUAGAGGCAUGGCCCAGUUUGGUGUUCAAGAGUUUAAAUAAUUUGCUUUUAAUUACAGCCUCUCAUGUUCAAAAACCUUCUGUUUAGUAAAAGAAAUUUCAGUUUGUUAAACUCUGCUGUGAAAAUAAGGGUUGUAUGCUUGUAAAGGUCCCCCCCUCCCCCAGGAACUCCUUUCUAUUAAGCCAGUGUAUUCUUGCCCCCAGGAAUUUACUUCUCCAAAAUUUAUAAUUUGCUUGAUGCAGCCUUAACUUAGCCUGCAUUUUAUUUUAUUUUUUAAAAAACCCUGCUCUUGAGCAGACAUGGUGCCCUGAAUCCACAUUUGUGUUAUACUUACUUUUUCUUCCAUUGGGUACUUAACACCACACAAGUGGACUUGAAGUUGUGGCCUAAAUCUGCAUGCAGGAAUUCUUUUGAUUCUGUUAAUAAAAAUACUACGGAGGGAAAUAACAGCAGUGAUUUCUCCAAACAGCACUGAGCAAUUAAUGGAAAUGUGUAAGGGCUCACUUUCGCUGUGUUAUCCCAAAUGUGUGUGAUGUGGUCCUUUGGUACAGAUGCUGGUUGUCUGUCUUUGUAUGUGUGUAAAUGAGAAGGCUUCCAAGUGCACUGAUAGCUUCCUGUCCCCUGUGCAGAACUAUUGACUGACCAAUUAACUGCAAUACAAUGUUCUGUCUAGAGCUCUCUAAACAUGACUGCCUUUGAAAAAUUGGUUCUUUUUAGGUCAGGUUGAGGCAUCAGGCUUGUAAAACUCAAUAUAACAUUUAAAUUUCCAACUUUUGUUUUGGAUACCAUUGCACAGGAUAAUCAAAAGAAUCGAAGUUUGUAGACCAGGCUUGGUUCUUAACAUUUAGGUUGCUUGUUUCCUAUUACCGUUUCCUUUGGGUAUCUUAACUACCAUGUAUUAUUUGUUUUCACUCUGGUCUCUUGAAGAGAUAAAAUAUUAGGGCUGCAGUAUUUACCACAUAAACACAUACAAGGGUUGUACUCAAGUCCUCUUAAUAAAGCAUCAUACACUUGGAAGUUAGUCAUCUCCACAACAAUUUCAAAUCAAAAAUGUCAGUUUUAGUACCUUUUUGAUAGUUUCCAUUUAAGAAAUAUAAAGCACCUUUAAGCUGGUCCUUCAAAUAUAUUUUAAAUGUAAAGAAAAAAAAAUCAAAUGGGGAGGGAGCUGAGUGGAAUCAUGUCUGAAAGAGUAGCUAUUUUGUAUGGAGAGCAGCUAUAGAAAACGCAGCUUGCUUCAGGUCCUCAGUACCAGCCCUAUUUUCUUCAGUGGGUCAUAAGCUGUUAGGAGUGCCUUGAGGAUUGGACUGCCCAUUAUCUGUAGCCACUUCCCAGGAGGGAAGUAUACAAUUGUCAUGCAGUGUUCAUAAUAUUUAGCCCAGGUGGAUUAUAGAACUAUAAUUCAACAUGAAUAGUGAACAGAAGUACAACACGUUGAUAGUUACACAAUUGAUAGAGUGCAUCUUUGAAAGACAACUGGGUUUUUGCAGGAGUACUUGGAAGGAGAUGGCUAGAUACCAUGUGCUUAAUCAUGUACAAUUGUGUAUAAAGUUCUGUAUGUUGCCAAGACAUGAUCUUUUUGUUCUAAUUGUAUUUUCUGUAAAUAUUCCUACCACUAAGUUGUAAAGGCAGACUGUAAAUACGAAGAUGUGAAGCUAUGUUCCUCUGUCUCUAGUACUUUAUCUCUUGUUUAGGGAAGGCACAAAGGCUUGUUUGUAUUUAUGCCAACUCUUUGUCUAGAAGAAACACAUCAGAUCUUGAAUGUAACACAAUUAGUCAAAUAAAUUUUAAAGAUUAUUCUUAUGUAUGAA